GUGGGGAGGAGAGAUCACAAAAUAGUUAGCUCGCUGCUAGCUGCCUCCUGGAGCCGAUUUGCCCGAAGUGCGAUGAGCCCAGGAGGCGAAAUUAGUGUGUUUUUUUGGUUUUGAUUGGCGCAACGAUGACCCUCUGACCCCAAGAAUGGACAUAAGUUAAUGAUGACGGGGGAGAAGAAGAAGAAGAAGCGGCUGAACCGCAGCAUUCUUCUUGCAAAGAAAAUUAUAAUAAAAGAUGGAGGAAGUCCUCAGGGAAUCGGGGAGCCCAGUGUUUACCAUGCUGUGGUGGUCAUCUUCCUGGAGUUUUUUGCAUGGGGUCUACUCACUACCCCGAUGCUCACGGUAUUACACCAGACAUUCCCCCAACACACAUUCCUGAUGAAUGGGCUCAUUCAUGGUGUGAAGGGCCUGUUAUCAUUUCUGAGUGCUCCGCUAAUUGGAGCGUUGUCAGACGUAUGGGGACGCAAGUCCUUCCUGCUGCUAACGGUCUUCUUCACUUGCGCGCCCAUUCCGCUGAUGAAGAUCAGUCCAUGGUGGUACUUUGCAGUCAUCUCGAUGUCCGGUGUCUUUGCCGUCACCUUCUCUGUGAUCUUUGCCUAUGUGGCAGACAUCACACAAGAGCAUGAGAGGAGCACUGCUUAUGGUUUGGUAUCAGCUACCUUUGCAGCAAGCCUGGUUACCAGCCCAGCCAUUGGAGCCUACCUGUCUGAGGCUUACAGUGAUACCUUAGUUGUGAUCCUGGCCACAGCCAUCGCUCUGCUCGACAUCUGCUUCAUCCUGGUGGCUGUACCAGAGUCGCUGCCGGAGAAGAUGAGGCCAGCGUCAUGGGGAGCGCCCAUCUCCUGGGAACAGGCAGACCCCUUCGCUUCUCUGCGUAAAGUGGGCCAGGACUCUACGGUGCUCCUCAUCUGUAUCACAGUGUUCCUCUCCUUCCUCCCUGAGGCCGGCCAGUACUCCAGCUUCUUCCUCUAUCUCAGACAGGUCAUAGGCUUCUCCUCAGAGACAGUGGCUGCCUUCAUCGCUGUUGUGGGAAUCCUCUCAAUAUUAGCUCAGACGGUUGUGUUGGGGAUCCUGAUGCGCUCUAUAGGAAAUAAGAACACAAUCCUGCUCGGCCUCGGCUUUCAGAUCCUCCAGCUGGCCUGGUAUGGCUUUGGAUCUCAGCCCUGGAUGAUGUGGGCAGCUGGAGCCGUUGCGGCCAUGUCCAGCAUCACGUUCCCCGCCAUCAGCGCCAUUGUGUCCCGCAAUGCGGACCCUGACCAGCAAGGUGUUGUUCAGGGCAUGAUCACUGGAAUUCGAGGCCUCUGUAGCGGUUUGGGUCCUGCUCUUUACGGCUUCGUCUUCUACUUAUUCCACGUGGAGCUGACCGACACGGAUGGCUCUGAGAAAGGUGCCAAACUGAACAUGGCCAACCCCACUGACGAGAGUGCCAUCAUCCCAGGUCCUCCCUUCCUCUUUGGUGCAUGCUCAGUGCUGCUGUCUCUGCUGGUGGCGCUGUUCAUCCCGGAGCACACGGGUCCCGGUAUGAGGCCUGGCUCCUACAAGAAGCACAGCAACGGGGCACAGAGUCACUCCCACAGCCCGCAAGGCAGCGGGGCAGAGGGCAAGGAGCCGCUGCUGGAGGACAGCAGCGUAUAACCUCAGCUCAGGGGGGGCAGACUCCCUCGCUCCACCUCAAAAUGCCCUGCACACAUGGACAGAUACACAUAAUUUAUCACAAGGACACACACACACCUCAGGCACACGUCACACUCGAGUGCCGCGAAGAGAUGUUUGUCUGUUUUGCUGUCCACAGCACAAAGUUGGGCGCUCCUUCCUUAGCAGCCCUUUUCUUUAUAAUAGCUGGGUUAUUGUGAGGACUUUCUAAAGACCCUGUGUGAAGAAAGCGUGUCGAGCAUUAUCAGGGCUGCAGUGGAAGACCGUGUCUGUGUGUGUGUGUGUGUGUGUGUGGCUGAGCUGGACUCCAAUCUUUGGUUUGUCUGAAGUUGUAACAGUGGAGCACACAACAGCUUGUCCCCCUCCUGGUGCGAAACAGAACUGAAGUGACUUUGGUUUAAAGUGCGAGUGGGGAUAUAUCUCUGAUAUGUUACUAAAUACCUGUGUGACUCUUGAUUAUUCCUCUUUAGUUAGCCAAGUGGCACCUUCGUUUGUCCGAGAAGAGCGUAACGAACGCCCUUUCACAAGCUAACUUGUCUUUAUGACUACAGCUCUGUUUAGGCAUCCAAGAAGGAAACAUAGUUCUUCUUCUGUGUGGACAACAGGGGAGCGCAGCAGCUGUUAAACCUGUGAAAGGAGCCUGCAAACCAGUAUUGGAGAGGCGCUGCCUAAUUGCAGUCAGGGUUGGCAACCAGUUCAGAUACAAAAAGCUUUGUUAGGACCAGGUUUUGUUCAAAUAUCAAAUUUCUUACAGAGAGAUGACUAGAAGAGACCACUUUAUUAGCUCAAAAUGGUUUUUCAAUGUUUACUUGCCAUUCUCUAGAUUAGUAGUACAGUUUGGGUUGUAUAUUUUUCUCUUUUCAAACUGAAGGCUAGUUGUGCUUCAAGUUUUUAUUCAAGAAACAAAUGUUGCCUUGAAGUCACUUAAGAUAUAUAUGGAGACAUUACGUAACCUGUAUGAAGACCGAGGUCUGAGAAGGCUCUGUAAUCUUGCGCUAUUGCUCCCAUCGGAGCCGUUACACACUUUUUAUUCCUUUGUAUUCAUGCCCUUCCUGUUACUUUGUUUCCUGACGUUUAUCACCAUCAAGUUGAGGCUUACAGAGACACGGUUUUAUUUUUAAAAAGCCUCUGGACCAUUUGGAGCUGGAGCAUUGCUAUCAGGAUGUCGGUGUCGGCACUGACUGUUUGAAUUGAUAUCAUUAGGUUCAGCAGAAUAUCAGCCAUGCUGCAGUAGUAGUAAAUACAAAGGCUAAUCAGUGUGGCGUAAAGUGGUGGAUAAGAAUCAUAACUGUGUCAUGUAGUCCCUGACGUUUAACCUGACAUGUGUACACUCAAAGAGGCAGGCCACGCUUCUCCAAAUGCCUGACAUGAAGCACCUCACAGACGUGUCUGGCAACUUAUGUAGAAGCUCUGCCGAUGCCAGCCUGCGCCACCUAAGAGGCAGAAACGAAUAGCAGUAGUGGAUUAGAUGGCUGAAAAUGUUGACGUCAUCCUCAAACAGUGAAGCAAAGUAAAAUCUGGAGGUUGUGUCAGUGUGGAGAGUAUUGAGAAAUCUGCAGUCAUCCCAGAUUUCAUUAGUUUGAAAAAAGAGAAAAGAAGAAGAAAAUCCACUUGAAAGUGUAAGCCCUGAAUUUUUAUUAUCGUUAAUGCCUGCAGAUGUCUCUGGGUUGUUCUGCAGGUCUGAACCGCUGCUGCCACGUUUUUGUUUUUAUUUUUUAUUUUCCCCUGUCAACAGGUGGCGCUGUCUGUACCUGGCAUGCCUGUGAGGCGCUUGUGUGGGUUUUUUUUUUUUUUUCUUUUUCUUUUUCUUUUUUCGGUCAUUUGGAUCAGCAAUACUGCGUUCCCUUCGUUCACAUAUUAUGUCGCCACCUUUCCACAUUGUAACUUUGACUUGUGAAUGCCUCUCGUAGCUAACAACUGGUUUCAUGCUGUUUAACAUCUGUAUGAACACGUAUUUAGUGCCAUAUCUUCUUGAUUUGCUUUUUUCUUUUGUACUGUAUGUGUGUGAAUGUACACUUGUGUGAUUUGAGUGUUAUUGUUCUUUUUAUUUUCUCUUGUCUUCAUUUCUUUGACUGAAGAUUUAAGUUUUAAUGCUAUUUUUUUUUUAAUAGCUUUUUAAAACUUCAGUCAUUUUUUAGGAUUAGUUGUCAAAAUUGGAUGGGAAAUUAUCAAAUGUCCAUCUGUCCCCUUUGUUAUGUUUGUUUUGGAUUUUUUUUUUUUUUUCAGCCUCGGUCUUCAUUUAAUAACAAGCAUUUCACCUUGGUUUGUUAAGCUCAUAUUUUUUCCAAGAUUUCUCUGAAUGUUUCGAAUGAAACUGAACAUGUUGACCACACAAUACCCUCAAUCUUUAGGGGUUUUUGUCAUUUAAGAGGGGAUGUUACUACACAGGAGGCCAGUAUUCCCUUUUUUUUUUUUUUUUUUUUUAAAUCAUGUAAUUGAAAAACAGAAAAUCAAAUCCUGCAUAAAUUGGUAAGAUUCUGCACCAGCCCCCCACCACCACCCACGUGCACACCUACAGCCUCCAAGCAGACGACUGUAAAUGUACAAAAAUCACCUGUACCUAGAGAAAAAUGUAUAUAUUUAUUCCUCAAGGAGAUGGCCACCUCUUGGUCAAUUUGGUUGUAUGGUGCAAUUAUUAUUAUAAUUACUAUAUAUUUCUCCAGAAUUACCUGCUAGCCACUCCUGUUUUUAGUACAAUGUGGUUUGUGGCCUGAACCCCCCUCUUUGUGUGCCUAAAAUUAGCCAAGAAAUGAGUAUGGCAACCUAAGUAAGUAAAAUGGUGGUUAUUAAUGUAAAUAUGGGAAACUAAUGAUAAACUAUUUAUUAAAGGUUUAUUGUACAAUGAAACGUUUCAGGUUGCCUCUGUUUUCUGGGUGGGUAACACAGGUGAAAUUGUGUUAAUGUGGCAGUGAGUGAGAGUCUGAGCAGCGAUAAUCAUUUGGUCGUUUCGUUUAAGGCGAUGAUCCUAUAGUUAAUGGCUGCUAAAUCCCAGUGAAUCUCACUAUAAACUGGUAGCAUUCCGGUUGGGCUUUACUUGCUGUUAUAUUACUGCCCCCCCUCCUCCCCCUCCCUGUUUUCUAAUGUAAUGCUCUGACUUUGCUGGCUGUUGGUUUAGUAAACCUGCCCUUUGAAGCUUAAUGGUACCACUAAUGCCUCCUCCACCUACACAGUGUAUAUAGUCGUGCAUUGACCUGAGCUCAUUUAUGGGUGGUGGAUUUGUAAUUAAAUCCACAUGGAGGCGGUAGUUACAUCUGGCAGAAACUUUAGAGUCUUCUCCCUGAAUAACAGUGAAUGCAAAGUGUGAGAUGUCAAAAAAAUGUGAUAUUAAUCCAAAAUAAAAGAAUGUGAUAAAGUGGCCAGAAUAAUUUAUUUUUGUUAUUAAUGUAAUGUAGGGGAAUUUAAUGUCUUACAAUUAGCAGCUAAUAACUUGCCCAUAAUUUUGUUGACUUAAUGAUGGAGUUUUACUGGGUCAGUGCUCAAAUCUUAAGGUGAUUAAUGAGUAUUUGCAUAAUAUAAAGCA